CCAAAAUCUCCACCAACCAAAACAUUUUAACUCACAGUCGCGAUCGAAGAGAGCGUUUCACUCCACAAGACGCCGAAACCAAAACGAUAAGAGCGAGAGAGAGAUAUGAUCUGCGUUAGAGCUCGGCCGCUAUUUUCUUCACCGUUAUCUCUCGCGUUCUCACCAACCAAACACUCCCCCCCUACCCACCUCCGUCUCCCUCUCUCCUCCUCACGACGCUCUCUCUCCGCCGCCUCAAUGUCUUCCUCCUCCUCCACUCCUCCUCCCGAGAUCAUCGAGCACAUCGUCCUCUUCAAAGUCAAACCCGAAACCGACUCCUCCAAGAUCGCCUCCAUGAUGAACGGCCUCAACGCCCUCGCCUCCCUCACCCAAGUCAUCCACAUCUCCGCCGCGCCUCUCCACCGCGUCAGAUCCUCCCCCACCGCCUUCACCCACGUCCUCCACAGCCGGUACGUGUCCAAGGAGGAUCUCAGCGCCUACGCCGCGCAUCCCGACCACGUCCGCGUCGUCAAGGACUCCGUGCUGCCGAUCUGCGAGGAGGUCAUGGCCGUCGACUGGGUCGCGGAUCGUGUCCCCGGAACCCUAGCUCCGCCUCCUGGCUCCGCCGCGAAACUCACUUUCCUUAAGCUGAAGGAGGAUGAUGGUGGUGCCAAGUCGGAGAUUGUGGGCGUGAUCAAGGGGCUUAGCGAGAAGCUUCCGGGGAUUGGUCAGAUCACUGUCGGAGAGAACUUCUCUCCGGCGAGAGCGAGAGGUUUCUCGAUUGCGUCGAUUGCGUUUUUUAAGGAUGUGGGUGAGUUGGAGGCGGUGGAUGGGCAGACGGAGUUGGUGGAUGUGGAGAAGGAGAAGGUUCGUGAGUUUGUUGAUUCCACCAUUGUCGUUGAGUUCGUGGUGCCUUCUGGUUUGGUUUCUGGGUUGUAGAAUGUUUAGGGCAUGUGUGUGUUUUGUGUAAACCAUGAACAAAUAAGAGCUAAUAAGAGUUUCUGAUUCUGUUUCGUACGA